AUGGCGAUUGACAAGUUCACGAAGUUGCCAGAGGUUACCCCAAUCAUCAAGGCCAAGAAGAACUCUGUACUCAAGUUCAUCAAGGACCUGGUGGCCCGUUAUGGGGUUCCGAAUCGGAUCAUCACUGACAACGGAACCCAGUUCACGAGCUACCUUUUUGGGGAUUACUGCGAGGACAUGGGCAUCAAGUUAUGCUUUGCUUCUGUGGCACACCCAUGCAGCAAUGGGCAAGCCAUGAGAGACAACGUAGAAAUCCUCAAAGGGCUGAAAACCAGGACCUACAACAAGCUCAAGAACCAUGGCACAGGUUGGAUAGAUGAGCUUCCGGCGGUGGUUUGGGCGAACCGAACCACCCCGAGCCGCACAACAGGCGAGACACCAUUCUUCCUCAUCUAUGGAGCCGAUGCCGUGAUCCUGGCCGAAGUAACUUUGGGUAGCACAAGGGUACGAGCCUACAAUGAGGAAGAUCAAGAUCAGCUGCGGCAGCACGACAUCCUCUACCUUGAGGAAGUACGGUGCAGAGCAGCGGUUAGGGCGGCUCGCUACCAGCAAGCCCUUCGACGCUACCACCAGCGCCACGUACGACUAUGA